GGAGAGCGCGCGCGCGAGUGGACAAGCGAGCGAGGAAGCGAGCGAGCGGAGCGAGGCUCUAGUCCCUGCGAUCGAGGAAAUGGCCGCGGCGCAUCAGGCGAAGGCAGCCCGGGUGGUGCUGAAGCAGGAGGUGGAUGCGGAGAUAAAGAUGGAGGAGCCAGACCCUGCGGGCCUGGCAGAAGAGGAGCGGGAAAGCGCCGCUCCCCCCAAAGCCAAGAGGAGCAGGGGCGAAGCUGGGCCGAAGGUGAAGGAGGAGCCCGUGGAGGAGGAGGCGGUGGCGCCGCCGCCUCCGGAGGAAGGGCCGUCGGGGAGCUGGGAUGCCCGCUUGCAGGAGUUCCUGAAGACGCUGCAGGCCCCCGGUGCAGAAGGGGAGAGCCCCCCGUUGCCUGCGCUUCGGCCGCCGUGGGACGGCCCGAAGGCCUCCCAGCAGGCGGCGGCGGCGGCGGCGGAUGCUGCCCACAAGUGGCCCCAGGGGCUGUGGGUGCCCCCGAUCCAGCCCCACCUCAUUGGGGAGGACGGGCAGGGCCGCGAGAUCCACCUGGAGUCGGUGCCCAGCGCGAAGGGGCAAGAAGGGAUUUUCGACGGUGGCGCGGCCAGCGUGGAGAAGCAGCGCCAGCGCUUUCGCUCGCUGCGCUACCAGGAGGCCAGCAGGCCCUGGGAGCUGUGCCGGCAGCUGCGGGAUCUGUGCCGCCAGUGGCUGAGGCCGGAGAGGCACACCAAGGAGCAGAUGCUGGAGCUGGUGACGCUGGAGCAGUUCCUGGCGCUCCUUCCCCCGGAGAUGCAGAGCUGGGUGAGGGCAAACAGGCCUGAAACCUGUGCCCAGGCUGUGACCCUGGCGGAGGGCUUCCUUCUGCAGCAGCGAGAGGCUAAAGGCUGGGACCCGCAGUCAACAACUGUGCGAGCGUAUACAGUGACCCCCAAGCAGAAGAAAGUUGAAAAGAAAGGCGGUAAGAAGAAGGAGAUGAUUACAGUGGAAGUUAAGAAGGAAAUGAUCAGGAAGUACGAACGAGGAAUGCGAGUGGCUGAAAUUGCAAGAUUUUAUAAGAAGUCUACAUCAACCAUUUGCACAAUAUUAAGGAAGAAAGAAGAAAUAAGGGAGCUAGAUGCAGCAAAGGGAGUCACGAGAAUAUCAAAGCAACGGCCAGGUGUUCUGGAAGAUGUAGAAAAGUUGCUUCUGGUUUGGAUAAAUGAGAAGCAACUUGCAGGUGAUACUCUGACUGAGAACAUUAUCUGCGAGAAGGCAAAAGCCUUGUACACCGACCUCGUAAGUAAACGGCCAGUUACAUCAACAGAAAACAAAGAGGUCUUCAAGGCAAGUAGGGGAUGGUUUGAUAACUUUAAGAGGAGAAGUGGCAUCCGUAGUGUUGUGAGGCGAGGAGAUGCUGCGAGUUCGGAUGCUAAGGCAGCUGAGGCAUUGGCUACCGAGUUCCAGAAGCUCAUGGUUUCCGAGUGUUACCUGCCGGAGCAAGUUUUUAACUGUGAUGAGACAGGGCUUUUUUGGAAAAAGAUGCCAAAGAGGACCUACAUUACAGAAGAAGAGAAUGCAAUGCCCGGUCCCAAGCCCAUGGAAGACCGUCUCACCCUCUUGUUCUGUGCUAAUGCCAGCGGGGAUUUCAAAGUCAAGCCCCUGCUCGUGUAUCAUUCGGAGAAUCCACGGGCCUUCAGGAAAUGCCAGGUACAGAAGAGCCAGUUAAGCGUUAUGUGGCGGUGCAACAGCAAGGCUUGGGUCACUCGUAUCUUGUUCAUUGAGUGGAUCAAUGAGGUCUUUGGUCCUGCGGUGAAGAAAUAUCUCUUAGAAAAGAAUCUGCCACUCAAAGCCUUGCUGGUUAUGGAUAAUGCUCCUGCUCAUCCUCCAGACCUUGAGGAUGACUUGCUGGAGGAAUUUGAGUUCAUUAAGGUCAAGUUCCUCCCUUCCAACGUCACUCCGAUCCUCCAGCCCAUGGAUCAGCAGGUCAUUUCGAACUUUAAAAAGCUUUACACCAAAGCACUAUUUCAGCAAUGCUUCGAGGUGACCGAAGGAACAAACCUUACCCUCCGAGAGUUUUGGAACAAUCAUUUCCACAUCAUGAACUGCCUCAAGAUCAUCGAUCAAGCCUGGAAUGGGGUCACCAAGAGAACUCUCAAUUCUGCUUGGAGAAAACUGUGGCCUGAUUGUGUUCCUGGGCAUGACAUGGAGGGGCUGGCUCACAAACAGGAGCCGCCAGUUGUCAAUGAAAUUGUGUCCCUGGGGAAGGCCAUGGGACUGGAGGUGGAUGAGGAUGACAUUCAAGAGCUGGUGGAGGAACAUGGCCAGGAGCUGACCACCGAUGAACUGAUGGAUCUGCAUCGCGAGCAACAGCAAGAGGUUAUGGAGGAGAGCUCGUCUACCGAGGAGGAGCAGCAGCAGAAAAAGGCGGAGGAAUCCCUCACUUCAAGUGAGAUUAGCGAGAUGUGUAAAAUGUGGGAAACGGUGCAAAGUUUUGUAGAAAAGCACCACCUGAAUAAGACUGUAGCGGUGCGAGCGAUGAAUCUCUUUAACGACAAUGCAAUGUCGCAUUUCUGCGAAAUCCUCAAAAGGAGGCAAAAGCAAGCGUCAUUGGAUAGGUUCCUUGUUGAAGUUGCACGAAAAGAAAAAGAUUCCACUGAGCCAGUAGAUAGCGGCGAUUCCGUUAGUGAUAGUAAAAGUCAUCCUACACAAUAACCCUCCUCUCCUGUCUCCCUCACACCAGCCACGCAGGUGUUCAAAGAUAAGUGCAGGUUAAUUUGUUUUAUUUUUCUUUAUGUUGUAUUUUCUUUAUUAUUUUGUAUUAUAUUACAGUAUUGUAAUCAUUUUUAUAUGAAUAUUUUUGGGUUGUGGAAUGAAUCAUCUGAGUUUGCAUUAUUUCUUCUGGGGAAAUGUGCUUUGAUAAUACAAGUGCUUUGGAUUACAAGCAUGUUUCCAGAACAAAUUACACUCGCAGACCAAGGUUUUACUGUAUUUGGAAAACAGUUUGGAGAAUGAAUUCUAUUCAGAGCCCCAUAGGAAAGUGUGAUCAUGCCUUAGCUGUCACUCUGUGCCAGUAACACUAGUAGAAAAGUGGUCAUUUUGUCACCUGCCCCCCCCAAAACUCCCCUAAGCAAGGCAAAUGCUGCAUAGGAGAAGCCUUUGUUGUGAUUGAAUGGUCCCCCUCCUCCUCAGAGGUUUGAAUCAGCAUGAGAAUGGCUUUCAGGUUUCAGCUAGUACAGGUAAUUUCAGAUUAAUCGAUCAUGAGGCUAUGCAGAACAAUUAAAUAUGCAUAACAAUGCUUGGCCUAUUGACCUUCAUUCUGCAUGACAGUGGUUUGGCCUACAAACUUUAAACCCUCAUAAAAAGGCUUUUUAAAUUUUAAUUCUGUUUGCUGGAGGUUUUAGCUCAGACUGUUGCCUUCCAAAAGAGACUAAGCUGGCCCGUAGUUAAUCUCCUUUUAUGCUUUUGUUUAGGAUAGAAAAAUAUCCCACCCAAUCAUUCUUAUGCAAAAUUGGGAACAGUUUGUUAGCCUGAGCAUGUUUUUGUUUAGCGAAAGAAAACUGUAAAAUUUAAUAGGUGGAAACUUGCAGACUUUUUUCCACAGACUCUGACAAUGUCCUUGAAAGAGUAGACUGCAGGUUCACUUACAUGUUUGGUACACAACAAUGUGAGCUGGGGGAGACCAGUUACCCCGGCAUGGGGGAAUGAUGGAUAUGUUUUGCCUGUUCCUACGUAGGUACGCGGGUAGACAUUUUCCUCCCUUUCAGUACAUGCUUAGUUGUGAAGGAUGGAAUCCUGGUUUGCGUAAGAAGUGAUGUGUGCUGAGCACACAGAGCUGCUCCUGAUUGCCAGGUGCAUGGUAUACCAGCUGAAGCUCUCUUCCCCCACCUGGUGCUACUGGAAGGUUAGCAGGUUGCGGGAGGCCAGACCUCACGGCAUUCGGUGCUAGUGUCAGCUUCUGGUAAGUGUGGUGUGGAGAAAGUGGACGCUUGUUCUCCUUCUCCCGUAAUAGUAGAACCCAGGACAGCCAAAAAGGACUUCUUCCCGCAGCACAAAGCUGUGGGACUCGUUGCACGUGUGAUAAUGGCUCCCAGUGUGGACAGCUUUAAAAGGGGAUCGGUCAGAUUCGCAGAGGAGAAGGCUGCCGGGGGCUGCCAGUCUUGGUGGCUUUGUGCUCCCUCCCGUAUCAGGCACUUUGCCCAAGUACACCCGUUGCUGUUGCACUCAUGUCCUGCUUGUGGGUCCCCUGAGCAGCAGGUUGGCCCCUGUGAACCGAAUGCUGGACUAGAUAAAUCUUUGGUCUGAUCCAGUCUACCUCUUCUCGUGUUCUUAAGCAUUGGUAAAUUCUGUCCAUUGAAAAAUGCCUGUAAAAGCGUGAAAUAAAAGAAAUAUAUACAGUACUUAAGGCUGGAAUUCUAUGCCUAUUUAUCUUCCUUUUAAUUCAGCCAGGCUUACUCUGAGCAAACGUACGGAAACCAGGGCAAUAAGAGAUUCUGUGUGUGCAUGUGUUUAUGUGUAUGGGAGAGAAUGUGGUAAAUUUGCUUUAAGUUGGCGAUUACAACAGAGCAAACCAUGAAUGGAAAUGGAGCAUAACCCAUCGGAAUGGGCUGUGUACUACAAUUACCCUUAGGGAUAUACAGCAAAUGCCCCCCUCCCUUUCUGGAGAGCGAGCAUUUGAAAACAGGGAUGUGUCCUUACUUAGGGCGUCUCAAUUGUACAAUAUCCUUUGCAAGCAUCCUUUGUUUGGGGUCUAUUUUUAUCACCCUUCAGUGCAAAAACUGCUUUGGGUUCUGCUAUAAAUUUGGGGGAGUAAUUAUGAACUUGUUUUAAGAUGCAGGAAAUAUGCGCCUCCCCAGAUGAUGGGAAUUGCGGGGUAACAGCUUUAAGCAUUGACUGUGUUGGCUACGGGCUGGCGCGAAUUGGCACCCAGAAACGUAAGAGAGGGCUUCCUGUUCGCCAUUCCUGCUCUAAAUUCAGGGAUCAGCUGAAAGUAGAUCUCCAGAUGCUUUGAACAUCAGCUCCCAUCAUUCCAAGUUCCUUGGGGCUGAUGGAUCUCCAAAACAUCUGGAAAUUUCCCUUUGCCCCCUGAGGAGUAUAUUUCUCUUUGGUUCCCAGUUCAAAUCCCAAAUAAGCCAUUCCAGGUGAGUAGGAUGGCCGUUGCUUUUGGAGGGUCUGUAGCUAGUGGCACAGUACCUCUUUCGCAUGCAGAAGGUCAAAUGCCUCAACUGCACGUGGAUUCAACCCCUGGCAUCUUCAGGUUAAAAGUAUCGGCAGGGGAUGGAAAGAGCUUUCUCUGCAGGAGGCCUGAGAGAGCUCUGCUAAUCAGACAAAUAGACUAACCUGAUGGAAGGUGGAUUCCUAUGCUGCAUUUUUAAUCCUUGUGAGAUGCUGUACUCCUAGAGUCCCUAGACAGAAUCUGGGGUGGCCUUCUCAGAUCUGAGGUUGGAGACAGCGCUCCAAUCUUGGAGUUAGGAAUUGGAGCGCCUGCCCUGCCCCUCGCAGCCUCUGGAAAGCAACCUCAGAGAGAGGGAUGAUGGGGCAUCUUGAGGAGCGGGGAAGAGGCAGCAGAGGGCAGGAAAUUGGCUGUCCUGAUGCCUUUCCAACCUCCUGUCUUCCUGCUCUGAGAUGUUCCAGCUAAAGGAGCAAAAAGGCCCAUCUAGUGCAAAAUGCCCCCUUUUCUGCUUUACACUGAAGGACAGCAAACCUCCACUUUGGGAGGGCCAUGAUAGGACUGCACUCUUACUUCCUUUGAGUGAAAUGUGGCAGAUACAAGUCCUUGUCCUAAGCAAAGGAAUCACCUUCAUCACGUACCCUCUCAGCACACGCUUUGCUUGCCUCGUGACUCCAUUUUGAUACGAUUUCACCCGGCCCUG